AUGACAUCCUCACCCGGCAUCAAGCCUGAAGAGCCAAUGGACGUGGCCUACAUCUCCAUAGAGACGGCCAUCGCCCUCGUGUCGGUGCUGGGGAACGUCCUGGUGGUGUUGGCGGUUUAUGUGAACAGGACGCUUCGAAACACCACUUUCUUCCUCAUUGUGUCUCUGGCUGUGGCUGACAUCGCCGUGGGGCUUCUGGUCAUCCCCCUGGCCAUCAUCAUCAGCCUGGGACUGAAGACCCAGUUCUACACGUGCCUCUUCCUCUCCUGUUUGCUCCUCAUCAUCACCCAGAGCUCCAUCUUGUCUCUUCUGGCCAUCGCCAUCGAUCGAUAUCUACGAGUAAAGAUUCCCACCAAGUACAGCUCCGUUGUGACCCAGGAGAGAGCGUGGGCCGCCGUGGGCCUGUGCUGGGUGCUCUCCUUUCUGACAGGAAUGGUGCCGAUGACAGGCUGGAAUAACCACGGAUCCCAUAGUCACGAAAACAACAUUCCCUGCACGUUUACGGGUGUCAUGAGUAUGGACUAUAUGGUUUACUUCAACUUCUUUGGUUGGGUGGUGGUCCCGCUGGCCACUAUGAUAUGUUUGUAUGUGGAGAUCUUCCGAGUGAUAAGACGGCAGCUCAACAGUCGCGCUGAAGCAACCUGUGACGCAGAGAGAUACUACCAGAAAGAGCUGAGGCUGGCGAAGUCUCUGGCUCUGGUGGUCUUCCUCUUCAUCCUAUGCUGGAUGCCAAUUCAUAUCAUGAACUGCAUCCACUUCUUUUGCAAAGACUGCAAAAUCCCACCAGUCGCCACGAACCGAGGUAGUUAUCAUUCACCACUACAGAGAAAAGCUGUACUGACAGAUAAAGGAAAAGGACAAAGACUUCUAUCCAAAGAGCGGUUUGGCAUUUUCCAAAGGAAGAAUUUCAGUUUGAGAAUCGCAGAAACACAAAUGGCUGAAGCUGAUGAAGCUGCGGGCAUCGUGGACAUGGAGGAUCCAGAAGACAACAUGGAUGACGAGCAGAGGGCCUUGCUACAUUUUAACUUAAAAAUGCGUUACGUGGCCGCUUACCUUCUUGCUGCUCUCGGUGGAAACACCAGCCCCUCAGCUAAGGACAUCAAGGCUAUCCUGGGCAGCGUGGGUAUAGAGGCAGAUGAUGACCGCCUCAAUAAGGUCGUGGCAGAGUUGAAUGGAAAGGACAUCAGUGAAGUCAUGAAUUCUGGCCUCUCCAAGUUGGCCUCUGUACCAGCAGGUGGUGCUGUAGCGGCUCCGGCUGCUGCUGCUGGAGCCGCUGGAGCUGGGGCUGCACCUGCUGCUGCGGAAGAGAAAAAGGAAGAGAAGAAAGAGGAAUCUGAGGAGUCCGAUGAAGAUAUGGGAUUUGGACUCUUUGAUUAA